UUGUCUCCCUUUCUCUCUCACAUAUGCACACACACAUACACUCAACCUCUCCUCUGGUCCACUGGUCUCCUGCUAAUGCUGCACCGUCCACUGACUGCGAGAUGUUCAGUCCAGCUUGUAAAGGCUCUGCAGGGGAGCCGAGGAUUGACAAGUCCACUCUGUCUGCACUGAAAGCACGGAAACAGGAGCUGCUGAACAUCUCCAACGUCCCUUUGGGAGAAUGUCCCCCAUCACCACCCCGCACUGCACCGCCCAGCAUGAAGUCUGCAGAGUUCUUCGACAUGCUGGAAAAGAUGCAGGUCCCUAAAGCUGAAGAGACCAAAAAAUGGAAGGAUGACUAUAUCCCCUACCCACGGAUAGAAGAUGUCCUAGAGAAAGGUGGUCCAUACCCCCAGGUAAUCCUGCCCCAGUUCGGGGGUUAUUGGAUUGAAGAUGUGGAGGCACCGGCAGGAACUCCAUCUUCUUCAGAAUCUAGUUUCUGUGAGGAGGAAGACGGAGGAGAGGGCAUGAGCCCCGGUGGGGGGCACAGCUACCGUCUGGAGUGCAACAGCACAGCCCGUGCCUACCGCAAACACUUCCUGGGCAAGGAGCACAUGAACUACUAUUGCACCGGCAGCAGCAUAGGCAACCUCAUCAUGUCCCUGAAACACGAAGAGGCUGAGGGACAGGAGUUCCUGCGCAUCAUGCUCAGGUCGAGGACCAAAACAGUUCACGAUAGGAUCUCUUUAGCAGGGAUCAACCAGCUGCCCAGCGUACCACAGAUUGCCAAGGUCUUUUGUGAUGAUGCCACAGGGCUGAAGUUCAACCCCGUCCUGUACCCACGGGGAUCCCAGUUAAUAGUGGCUUACGAUGAACAUGAGGUGAACAACACAUUCAAAUUCGGAGUCAUCUACCAGAAGUUUGGACAGACAUCAGAAGAGGAGCUAUUUGGAAACAAUGAGGAGACGCCAGCUUUCAAGGAGUUUCUCAGUAUCUUAGGAGACACGGUUGAACUUCAAGAUUUUAAAGGGUUCCGUGGUGGGCUGGACGUGUCCCAUGGACAGACGGGGUCUGAAUCUGUCUACACCGUCUUCAGACAGAGGGAGAUUAUGUUCCACGUGUCAACUAAGCUUCCCUUCACCGAGGGUGAUGUUCAGCAGCUCCAAAGAAAAAGGCACAUAGGAAACGACAUUGUCGCCGCAGUCUUCCAAGAAGAGCCCACACCGUUUGUUCCGGACAUGAUCGCCUCCAACUUCCUGCACGCCUACGUCCUGGUGCAGGCAGAGAACCCCUGCACAGAGCACACGACAUACAAGGUGUCUGUUACGGCGAGGGAAGAUGUACCUUCAUUUGGACCUCCCCUCCCAAACCCAGCCAUCUUCAAGAAGGUGUGUGUGUGUGUGUGUGUGUGUGUGAACCGAUUUCAGGGGCGAACACGAGCCGCGCUGCUGGACAAUCUCCACGACGAGCUGCACAGACAGAGUCAAAGCGCGCUUGGUCUGGGCCAGGUCGGAGAGGAGGACAAGCUUGAGAACGGGGGACACGGAGGCCUGCUGGAGUCCUUCAAGAGAGCCAUGCGGGUCAGAAGCCACUCCAUGGAGACUAUGGUAGGGUCUCACCGUCACAGAAGCCCCGGUGUAGGAGGUGGUGUUCCAGCCAGCCUCAGUGGUGGAGGUCUGCCGCAGAGCACCAGCGAAUGCACAAAGAGCACCUUCACUCCUCCUGUACUGUCAGCCAAGUCUCCCCUGAAGAGCCCUGUGAAACGGCGCUCGGGUCUCUUCCCCCGUCUCCACUCCAGCACAGAAACUUCUUCAGACAAACACACGCGUGGCGACCAAAAGUUUGCAGAGAGCUGCCUGCUGUCCCAGGACGUGAAAUCAGAGACAUCAUCCAAUCCGAGCUCACCUGAGAUCUGUCCCAACAAAGAAAGGCCGUUUGUCAAGCUGAAGGAGUGCGGCGGCGGCAGGCAGAACAUUUCUCGUUCUUCUUCCAGCACCAGCAGCUUCAGCAGCACCACGGGAGAAACAGAAGCUCUGGAAGAACUGGAGACGGCCAGCCAUCCACCCAUAGCUUCUUCCUCUGCCUUCAGCCCCGCACUCAACAUAGAAAGCCAAGGGUCCUGCACCCCUGUCAUCAUGUGCCGCAGUCCAACAGAUGGAAAAACUAAGACUUCACCGAGGUCAAACUUGAAGUUCCGCUUUGACAAAAUGAGCCACUCAUCCACGACUUCUGAGUAGCUUUGAGUGGAACGGAAAAACCCCAACCUUGCACAAUGAAGGGACAGCGCCUGCUGACAGAGCUGCAAAAAAAUAAAACAACGACAACAAAAUAAAAAAGUCACAACAACAACCACAAAAUCACUGUAGAACUACUUCCCAAUGCCAAGGAUAACCUGAGAAGGUUACCGAGUCCCCCGCACACUAGAAUCUAACUGAAACUACUGUGAGUAUAUAGGGAGGAGAAGCAGCUGACAUUUUGGCUUUUGUUUCUAACCAGUCUUUAGCUACAGAUUAGUCGAUGCUCGCUGCACCGUUGCUCAUCCACCUUUCAUGAGGGUCUUUGGCGUGGCUGUGAUACUGUGAGUUCAAGCCGAGCUCUGCUUUUUUUCCUCAAGCGUCUUGUUUGAUAGAGAGAAACACGAUGACCUCCUAGAAGAAUUGUGACACGAGUUUAUGGCCGAACUGUUAACCUUUAUCUCACUGACUGUUGAGUGCCCAGUGGAGGAAGAAAAAAAGAAAUCAUUAGCCAUCAGGAUGUAUUUGCCUUCGCCCUUGAACAGACGAAAACUGCGCACAGAAGACUCGCAGUAGCAAGACCUCGGAGGCGCCGCGGCUGGGAGUCUUCUCCACUGUGCUCUCUGAGCUUGUUCUUUGCAUAAUGUAAAUGCUUUUUUCAGAGAACAAGUUUUGAUUUCGCCGAGGCUUUUUGCAAUCCCGCUAGCUGCUGCAUUGUGUCUACUGCACUAUAAACGUGACGUGUCUCCUCCUAGGACAGCAUUUCUGUAUCCGUAGGGGCAACUUCAUAGACUUGAACUCAAGAGCAGGGUGGGGGGCGGGGUGGGGAGGGGAGGGGAGGGGCACUGCCAACACAUUUUGCCACAAGCUUCUUUUAGCCAAAGCUGCGCCUUACAAUCUAUCACACACAUAGAAAAAGCCCUUUUCGCCGCUGACACGUUCUUUCUCAGCCUCCGUCUCGUCUCCGUGCGUCUCACUAUGUGAGAGGACGGGGAUCUGGUUACAGCACAGUUGUGGGUAGCCGAGCUACAUCCACAUUUGCUCAAAAUAGAUGUUGCACUCAGUGAAAACAUUUCACCUUCUGAUACCUCCCAUUGAAACUCGCUAGCUCGGUGUAUCGGCGUGUACGUACGGCAGCUCUUUAGGACAUCUCCAGGGUUUUUCCCAGGAUGUGAGCUGAUGAGGAUGACUUGAAAAAUAUGAAGUUCAGGUUAUAACGAACCACCUAUGAAGUUACAAAAAACACUUUGAAUGUAAACUAUGAGCCUUUAAAAAAAGGACUUAGCUGUUGCAAAAAUAUAAGUAAAAACUGCAAAGUUGGUGCUCGCAGGCACAGAAGGACCACGGGUCUAAUCUUCAACUGACAUUAGCCUGGAAAAGAAGCAUAAAAACACACACAUUUGCUUCCAGUGUGACCAAAAACAAUCAAGCUGGUGUGUGUUAAUGUCGGUGUAAUCUUACUGUGUAGGGAACAGUUCCUGUAGUUUAGGCUGGCCUAAGAGUGUAAAAGGUUUAAUAGCUAGUUUCACCCAAAUUACAAACGCCCACUGUGAUUUACAUGUAGGUCACCUUUUAACUUGCCAGGAAGCUGUUCUAACUUGAGUAGUACCUUUCUAAUUUAUCAGGACUAGAGGCAGGCGUGUUGCCAAACACACGCUGCCCUCGGUCGGUGAUUACCUCGAGUAAGGGAAGCAGGGAUAGAAAUCCUCUGGGGAAGUUCAGAUGUCAUAUAGUUUGUAGCAGGUGUCGCCUAAAAAAAAAAAAAAGCCCUGCAGCCUUUCCUUUGUUAAUACGCUUAAGUUAUUAAACUUUUUUUGCAUCGAUGUCAUGUAAAAAUUGUUACUGCAGAGUACGCUAAUUAAUGGUGAAAUGAUUAAAGGAAAUAUAUUAAGUUAAAAGAUGUCUAAACAUGUAUAUGUAUAUUUGGUUAUGUAAUGUGCCAUUGAGAAUUUAUUCUAAAAUAAAAUGUUGUAUUUUGUGUCA